CAUUUUUCGCCGAGUAAGGAGCGGCCGUCUUCGCCUCUUCAGCGAACUUUUCCGCCCUCUGGAUCCGUCGGUCACACCCAUAGCUGAACAUUCCUCUUCAAGCACACAAGUGACCUAUGAGUUCCGACGAGUCCACGACGACCGCUGCUCCGAUCUCGGCGCUGCACUCGAAUAUCCGCGAUAAGGGCACCAACGCAUACUACUACGCGCACAAGAAACGUUCGGGUGCCGACGACCAUCAAUGGGAUGGCCAGUGUGCUCCUCGAUUGAUUGCCACAUCUGAGAGUUCAAUUGCAGUGUCCACAGACCGCCCCAUCACCGCCUACGCGUGGUCGGACGGCAAGAAAAGCGCGACUGUAUACAUCGACGUGCCGGCGAUCGGUACCCACCCCGAUGAUUUGAUCACGUUGGACUGGUCAGCACGGUCGGUGGACGUGCGCAUCCGCGAAUUCGAUCCAUCGGGCGCUGACCUCGUGUUCAAGAUCAAAUACUUGUACGAAGAGGUGAUGGCGGUGACGUUGAAGAAAAAGGACGACAAGCUCGUGUUGCGGCUGACCAAGGCCAAGGAGCUUACAUGGUACACUUUGAAGAAAGAUCACCCUUGAUUCCGUCUCGUAUGCUCUUCAACGAACGUCCCGUCGUCAUCUCUCACGACUCCAACGUCCUUGCUUGGCUCCCGCUCAAACUAAACACAUACUGUACACUUACUAGCUCAACCACGAGCCCCCUUCUUCAUACUUAUCUAGGCAAGGAAUCUAUUGCAUGUCAUCUGUUGUAUACCACGAGUCUUUGGGCGUAUGUCUAUGCCUUGUAC